CCUGGCAAAUGUUCUGCCACCAGUUCCCCUCUCCCCUCAUCACAAGCAGACAGCUCCACAGAGAAUAGAAUGCAUUAAUGGAGACCUUCAGCAGCACCUUCCUUCUAUUCCUCUGCACAGUGACUUUCUGUAUCUCAGGUAGCCACUGCUCCACAUUUGUGAGAGUGCCUGAUAUUCUCCAUGGCACUUAUGGCAAUUCCCUGCUCCUGCUGGUGGAAAAUCUCAUCCGGUCAGAAGAUGCGGACAUCUAUUUUAGCUGGAAUUUUCAUGGGCAAACACUAGUGGCCUUCAAAAACUGGAAGGAUGUGAACAUGGAUGAGAGCAGGUUCUCAUUUCAGCCCCCCAACGCAUCACUGCUGAUUCACUUCCUGGAUCAUGCAGUGGAGGGGGAGUAUGGCCUUGAUUUUUACAUCAAAUUUCCCAACGGAUCCAAAGUUAGUGAGCACAAGUCAGUCCGCAUCACUGUUGAUGUGCCUGUAUCUUUCCCAGUCAUCAAGAAGACUCCUGCUUCUGAAGUGGUGGAGGAUGAAGAUGAUGUGACGUGGAUGUGUUUGGUGGAGAACGGCACCAGGGUGCGGUAUCAGUGGUUCCAAGAUAAAAGACCCAUUCGUGCCAAGGGGCGAUACACACUUUCCCCAAACAACAGCAAACUUGUCAUAAGCCCCAUCCAAAAAGAGGACAUUGGAGAGUACAGUUGUGUGGUGGAAAAUGUCAUCAGCCAAAAAACAAGUGAGCCUGUGGCACUAAAUAUGUUCUAUGGACCAUACAACCUGGUGGUCAAAUCCGAGCAAGGCCUGCAAACAGGGGCGGUCUUCACUGUCAAUCCUGGAGAGCUGGUGUUUUUUGAUUGUUUCGCAGACUCCAACCCCCCCAACAGCUGUGUCUGGAUCUCCAAGACCAACAAUUCUACCCAGGUCCUCAUGUCAGGUCCCCGCUUUGAGGUCCCUCCUGCUUAUAAGUUGGCCCACACAGAGGAGUUUGUGUGUCGCGCCUUCAACAACAUCACGCAGAAGCAGGAUGAAACUGAGUUCACUCUGGUAGUGGCCAGCCUGGGCACCGGGAAAGAAAAACAUUACCAAGAAGGGAGUGUAGCAUCUCCGCUGACCGCCAUUAUUGUCAUCGCAUUGCUCAUCAUUGUCUGCAUGCUGGCAGUACUUUUCAAAAAGUCUUGUCAUCCGCACAGAGUGAUUAUGAACAUUUACAACAGGCCUCUAACGGAUCAAAAGGGACCACACCUUUCAGGCCACGAGGAUGCAACUGAAGAUUUUGGAAUCUAUGAAUUUGUCACUAUACCAGGGAGAGCAGAAUCCACACUGGCAUCAAGCAGGUCUCUGGCAGGGCUAGAAUCUGCUCAAGAUUUGCAUACCACCAUCUAUGAUGUUAUAAAGCAUAUCCCUGAAACACCAAUACAGAGUUUACUGAAGUAACCUCUGGGAGUAUGGUUUGAAAAGUAGGUCUGUAAUGAUCUCCGUGCCUUCGUGUCUUAUGGUUUUAGGCAGGAAUAUGCACUCUUAGAGUGCUGAAAAGCUUCUGUGGCCUUUUAUUUAUUAAAGGUUUCAAGCGCUUUAAAGGGAGGACUCUUCAGUUCAACGGCUCAACACAGCACUACUAAUUACUCUGCUUAAUUAAUUAUUUUGCAUUAGCCCGUUAUUUGUUUGUCACAGGUUCAGCACCUGCUUAUUUUUGUUGGCUUAAUGCAUGUUACAGAUAUAGCAGUUGAGUCUGCUCUUUCCAAAAUAAUGCAAUAAUGUACAAUAAGAGACCAUUCAUCCCACCCAUGCUCCAUAUUCUUACCUGUAGAGCAAUUCUUUAAAGCCUUGUCUUGAACACAUCAGACACACAAUGGUCUUUCCAUCCAGUGUGAGUCCUGAUAAACUAUUCUGUGCACUUAAAACCAUAUAUUAUACAGCAUACACUCACCGAGCACUUUAUUAGGAACAUUUUUACUUUAUUACACAUACUUAUUCAUGCGGUUAUCUAAUCAGUCAAUUGUGUGGCAGCAGUGCAAUGCAUACAAUCAUGUAGAUAUGGGUGAGGAGCUUCAGUUAAUGUUCAACCACUAGAAUGGGGGAAAAAUGUGAUUUAAGUGACUAAGUGACAGGGUGGUUUGUGUAUCUCAGAAACUGCUGAUCUCCUGGGAUUUCCAUGCACACUAGUCUCUAGAGUUGACAAAGAAUGGUGCAAAACUAAAAAUCCAGUGAGCAGUAGUAGUGCAGACAGAAACACCUUGUUAAUGAGAGCCGUCAGAGGAGAAUUGCCAGACUGGUCAAAGCUGACAGGAAGGAGACAGUAAUGCAAAUAACCACACAUUACCACAGUGGGAUGCAGAAGAGCAUCUCUGAACAUACAAUGCAACAUUACUCUAAGUGGAUAGGCUACAGCAGUAGAAGUCUAAAAAAUAUGUCUAAUAAAUACCUAAUAAAGGUAAAUAAUUUUUGGAAUUUAAAGUGUGAGUAGUGUGUUUUUAAAGUUCUAUUAUGUGUUUGCCAUUUGCUGAAACAUAUUGUUCUUAAGAUUAAUGCAAUUUUAAAACAUGGUUAAAUUAAUUUCAUUCUUAAGUUCUCUUAAAUUCUCAUUUAAUGCACUUGUUAAAGGGAUAGUUCACUUUCUGGAGUUUAUACAUAAUAUUUCAAUAUUAUGAAUUAUACAAAAUAUACAUUAUUUAAAUUUGUGUGUGUUUUCCAUUGGCCCGGAUAGUUUUUAUGCAUGAUGGAGAAUAAAAUUUUAGAUACUUUUUUUUUUUUGUUUUUGAUUACUUGUUGGCUCUAUGCUGCCAGAUAGUCACUGGUCUGUGGUCUAAAACCAGAAAACACAGAGUCUGGACAUAUGAACAGGUUAAUUCUAUCUAUGUUCAUUCAUUCAGCUCUGACACUCCCAAGUACCAUGUAGCAAUGCUGAUACAGGAAGCUGUGCAACAACUUUCUUGUGUCCAUGCUGCAUGGCCACACAAAGUAGUUUCAACCAAAAUGAGAUACAUUUUUUACAUAAUAUUCAGGUAAUUUUCACAUGUAACCUCAGGAAGCAUAAUGUUGCUGCACGAGCUGUUGGGCCAAUCAAAAGUGGACAACAAAACUAAACGAUAAAAAGGUUAACUGUACCUUUAAGGACAAAGAAUUUUGUGAAUAGAUUGAUUCUCGGUUAUUGCUUCAUUUUUAUUUGUCUAUAAAAGGGAUUAUGUGUAUUUUAUUUGACAUUGCACAGGCAGAGUUAUUUUGAUUUUGAAAUAAGUGUUGUUC